AUGGAUGAUAUUUCUCAAUCAGGGGUAGCUUUUAACAUUGAUACAUUCGAAGCAAUCGUUAAUAUAAUGCGUCAACAAGAUUCAUCCGACAAAUUAGAAGAAGAAAGGAACAGAGUUGCAGAAAUUUUGAAUCAAUUUAUUAAACGCGAAGACAUUUUUUCAUUUUCAAUAGAAGCACUUCAAUCAAAUAUGUCUGCAUAUUCAAAAUAUUACAUUGUUCAAGGAAUCCGCAACUCAAUAAAAAAAUUUUGGGAAAUUCAAUCCGAAGAAUUUCGCGAAGAGUUCAAAUCAUUUUUCUUCCAAUACAUAAUAUCCAUAGUUCAAUCUAAUUCUGCCCAUUACCUCAUUGAAAUCUGCAACAGCGCCUUAAUUGAUAUUUUCUUUUUUGAUUUUCCCGAUAAAUGGCCAGAUAUUCUUCAAGAUUUGGUAAAUUCAUCCGAAGUAUCUUUACAAAAUUGCAUUAAUGUCUUCAAAAUACUCACUUCUAUGUGCGAAUUUAUAAAUGAAACAGAGUCUAACUACAUAACUGUUAAAAGGAGCAUUGAAGUCAAGACAGCAUUCAAAGAAUACACGGAAAACAUAAUCAAUUUCGUCAUCAAAGCAGUAGUUUCUUCUGAAAAUGACGAACAAAUCAAAUCUGGACUGAUAUCAUUACGCCAAUUAAUAGGAUUCUUAAAUAACGAGCAAUACUUACGUGUUGACAUAUUGAAUCCUAUAUAUUCUAUAUUAGCAAGGACAGAUAAACAUGGAAUUGAAAUUAUUGAAAUUUUAUCUGAUUAUAUUUCACUUUUACAUGAUGUAGAAGGGUCAGAAGAAUUGCAGAAUACGACAUUUAAUGUCACAAUUCAGGUAUUUAACUAUCUUGCCGGUGAAGAUUUUUCAAAAGCUCCAGAAUUGCUUGAAAAUGAAGAAUUCCAAUAUACUUUUAUUACAGAUCUAACAGAUAUCAUAUCUCAAUUAAUGGAAUAUGUAAAUACUCAAGAAUUCUUCCAACUUUUGAGAUGGGUUUAUAUAAUGACAGAAAAUGCACCAGAAAGAAUUGCAAAUGAGAUAAUUACAUUCUGGUCGAAGUUUUUACGCCAAUUGGCAAUCGCUUAUAUCGAUGAUCCUCAAAUUAAUGAGACUAUUGAACAAUUUUAUCAUUCUUUGAGACAAGAACUCAUUUACCUUGUCCCACAACCUUUAACAAGUUCAAAAUACCUCGACGAUGACGAAAGAGAGAAGAAUACAAUGAUUUCAAUGGGAUUAAUCACAGUUGACUUUUUUCCGCCUCGCGAAUGCAUUACAUUGCUAACAAAUAAAAAUCCAGAUGAUAUGAUAUCAAUUAUUCUGGACAAUUUCAAAAAUUUGGACUUAGAAAAAUUAGAUCUCAAAAAAUUCACAGGUUUAUUGUUUUCUUCAGGGCUCGUAGCAAUAUCAUUGGAUCCAGAUUACUUAGAUACUUAUUUAAAGGAGCUAUUCCAGAUUUUGUUCGGAUUAUCUGAACAAUUUUCAGAUCUCCAAAUGAAAUACUUGAUUGCGAAAACCAUAUGCUUUGUUACAUGGUCAAUGAACAGAUACUUAGAUAUUCCCACUAAUUAUGCAAUCACAAGAGCAUUAAUUCUGAAAAUUUUGGAUUUCAUGGUCGAAGAUGAUUUCGAAAUGCAAUUCUACGCAAUACAUGCUAUGAAACAAUUAGGAAUCAAAUCAAGAAACACUCUCACAAAAUCUCCUUCAGAAGAUGAAAAAUCUUUACUUCAAAUUUUUUGUGAGAAAACCGAUGAAAUUUCUGAAAAACUUUACAUUGAAAAUUUACCAGAACUUUAUGAUUGCUUAGGAUUAUGGAUACCGCGUAAUCCUCCGGAAAACGAAGUUUUUACUGCUUCUUGGGUUUGGGAUCAUUUAGCUGAAAGAAUUUUGAAUUUUAUUUCCAAUUCUCCCUUGAAUAAUGAGCAAGAACUGCAACUUUUGGUAGCACAAGUCAAAGCUAUGGCGAAUAUCGCAAACUUUUGUAAGAUUCCUUGUUCAGAUAUGAUGAAAGAAUUUUUUGAGGCAUUAUGUCAACUUUACUUGACAUUUUCUAAUAAACUUGUUGAGUCUGGUAUCUUUGAUGAUGAUAAUUUGAACCAGUUUGGCCUCUUAAUCGCUUUAAUUAAGUCAUCAAUAAUGAAAUUGUUUGAUAGAACAAUUUCGAACAAUCCAGCAAAGAAUGAGAUAUGCAGUAAUGUUAUUAUUCCUAUUACAUUUAAUCAAAUCGUUAUUGAUUAUGUAAAUUUGCCUCCAAUUGGAAGAACUCCAGAAGUAUUCAACUUAAUGAAUAGUAUAUGCAGAAAACACCAACAGAAUUUCGUUGAAAACCUUCAACUUGUGCUUACAAACCUAUAUCUACCAACAGUUCAAAUGUUUGGAGAUAAUUUUGAUUCUUUCUUGAAUGUGAGGUUUUCAUUUUACGCGUUUCUGUCUAAUAUGUGUACUAUUAACCAGAUUUUAUCUAAAUUAGGCGAAGAAGGCUCAGAUGAAGUAUUAAAUUGCCUUGAAAACGGAGCAACAAAUCCAUAUGAGCGAAUUUCAAAUAAUGCACUUAUAGGAAUUAUUAAUUUAUUCAAUGAAGCAUACAAAAGUAUGAAAUAUGAUGAAAUUUCACUUAAAUUCAUUGAAAAACAUCUUUUAGAUGAAAUUUGCUUUAUGUUCAAUAUGUUAAUUGAUCCAACUUACAAAUGUACAUUUGAUCGCCAAAUUUCAGCCAUUUCUAACCUUUGUUCUAGAGAAUACGCACAAGCUCGCGCAGAAGAGAUCUUUUAUAGAGUUUGUAGUCUGUUCCCUAACAGACCAAGCCAGGAAAUAGGCGAGAUCCUUCAUAAUGCUUUUACUUCGUUUAAUACUUUAAUUGAUUUGAGGAAUUCAGUUAAAUCCUUCGUUAUCUCUGUAACUCAAAUCUCUCCAUUGGAUCCAGACUUGAACAAGCAAGAAGCCAAAGAACAAGCAGCUAAACUUGCAGAACAAUUUAAAGAUGUGACAGGAUAUGUAUAUAAUCAAGCUGAGGAAUCAAGCAAUAGAAAUCACCUUGAUAUUGCUCAAAAUGUUUCUUCUAUUACUAUCUAA